CAUCCUCUCUCUCUGCAGAGGCGCAGGCGCCCAUGGCCAAGGCAUUUGAUGCGGUUGGCCACCGCAUUUGAUGCGGUUGGCUCCGGCCGAGGCACCCACUAGUAAAUUCUACCUUGGUGUAUAAGAAGAGCGAGAGGGAGGAGAGGAGAGGUGGAUGGCUGAGAAGUAGAGAAAGCUAAGAUCAUCGAGCGGGAGAGAACAGAAGAAGGAGGCUGGUGGCCGACUCACUCAAGCUUCGGGUGCCCGCCGGCGAUCAGAUGGCGCGUGCUCGUAUUCCCGAGCCUAAGAUGGACCUCUGCCUACCUCCCACGUUCGCGUAUCUUGAUCGAAGGGCUGGUAUGACUACAAAGAAGAUGCCAGGUCCAGUUGUGGCAGCAGAGUGGACCUGCACGAACCGAGGGGGACAUAAGAACAACGACUCUGUGCUUAACAAUCCUACAAACAACUUUCUUCUCAUGCUGCCUCCUCUCUUCUGCAAGGAGUGUCACCGUGUGAACCCUGCAGGGUAUUGUUGGGAUAUCCCGCACAUCAGCAUAAGGGAUGUGUUACUUGAUUUUCUCGUCCGGAAUCAAGGAGAUUACAAUACGAGCGUGGCGCAUGCAUUCUUGACUGCUGUGGAUGCCAUGCGCACGAUCCAUGAAGCAUUUACAUUUAGAGCAGAGCCUGGCACGGAACUCGAUGAUGGGCAUCUCUUCACCACGUACAUGCGUAUCUUCAAGACAGCAUUUGGCUACGAGACCGGUCCAUGUGCGCACCUGCGAUUUAAGAGGCCGGAAUGUAUCGCUUACAUCUUACAGAAUCACGGUGUGGGUUUUGAUUGCUCGAGCAUGCAGGACGGUUAUCGACAGAGGGCCACACCAGAUUUCACCCAGAAGAUAGGCAAAGUCUUUCGCAUAGCUAAUCGCGGCGGCGUUGGGCGCAUCGAGCAAAUCAUUAGGCUGAUAGCUGGAGGAUUCCCUCUGUUUUGUCAUUAUGCUGCUGGGAGAGCAUUCGACUUUGUGGAUGGAAACGAGGUAUAUCAUGCUCCUGCCAAGGCUGGCAUAAAUCACGCUGCAGUCUUGAUCGGAUCAGGCGUACAUGAGUAUCCAGGUGAAGGAUCCAAGAUUUACCUCCGCGCACGGGGUUCCAGGGAUGACGCCGCUAAUCCUCAAUCUGCUCUCCAAGGGAAAGGUGGAGACUUCAACAUUUGGGCGGAAGACGUCACUGAUGUGCUGGGGUUCCAUCUAGCCUGAAGCUUGACCUGCUUAAUAGUAAUGUGUGGGUGGUUCCACAUCCGCUGGACAGUAGCACCGCCUUGUGUUCCUUAGUCAGUACUAGUAGUAGUUGUCAAUGUUUCCUCCUACUGGUCUGUAAUACUAAGCACUUUAGUUGGGUCUCCCUUCUCCAACAAAUUUGGUUGUUGAUGAUGGGUUUCAGAUAGACCUAGGGUGUUGCUUUCUAGGGGAGGCUUCAAAAAACAGAGUUGUGGUACUAGUAAUUUGUUUGCAUAAGACAUUCGAGGCUUGUAAUUUAUGACUGUUUGUACUAGUACGGAGCAUGUACUCCGUGUUAUCCAACUUCCAUUAUGUA